GGAUAGCGCUCCCCUUUCGUUCCAACGUGACUUUUACUCUGCGGGAACUGUAGCAAGAGGGCAUUGGGGUCUGUCUGCAGGAGAGCCACCCGAUUGGCUACGAAGGGCUCCGCCAGGGAGGAGCGACCUCGACCAAGAGACGAAUGUUUGGUUUGCAGCUGUCACUCAAACAUGACGUACAAAAUUUCAGAGGCUUACCUGUACAAGGUGAAUGUGGUUGGGAUUUUGAUAUGGGAGCGGAAAAGACUCUCCAUAUUGUCUGCAUCAUGGCAUAUUAUUUUUUGAUUGUACCAACUGAGCUGUGCAAUAAUGGACUGCCCCUGUUAGCUAAAUUAAAUAAUUUGUGAUAUGCGUACAGCAGCCUACUCUUUAUAGCCUACGUUAUACAUUCAACUCCAACAUCGAUUAAAUAUAAAAAAGCAAACUAAUGAAAGUUUCUUAUGCGUUAGCUCAGUUAAUGGAAAUGAACUGAUAGGCUAUUUGAUUAUCAUAAUGCAACAAUAGCUGAUACAAAUACCUAUUAUUAUUAGGCUCUGAUUAUUAGACUAUUAUUAUUAGCAAUGUUUUUUGCUGAUUACUAUAGUGAGUUUCUCAUGUUUUCAAAUAGGUCAUCUAACAGGCUAUCAAAUGAAAAUGCAUAAUUUUUGUUUAAAAAAAUGAAAUAAGCCUAAGCAUUGUGGAGCUCUGAAAAUGUCGUGUGUGUGUAUUUAUUCUUGUUUUCAUAAUCUUAAAUUUGAAAAUAACAAGAUUUAUCACUAUUACGCAUUUGUCCACUUAGUGAGGUGCGCUAUGAGGGAUCAUUAACUAGGAACCGAUCUUACCACCGACGUUCUUAUCGGGACAAUUUAAAUGUGACACAUUUUACCACUUGUGCGAACUGUUAAAGAGAUAUUGAUAACUUGCUAGUUCAUUGUUGACAUCUAUUUUCGGUGCUUUGUAGAGAUGGACAACCAAGGGUGUCCGAGAUGCAAGACAGCAAAAUACAGGAACGAAUGGUGAAUGUUUAUGCGAGAGCAGGAGGAGCUGCUGUUGUUGGAGGAGCUGUUGUUGGGAGGACAUGCUGUUGGAGGAGCUGCUGUUGUUGGAGUAGCAGGGGAACGAGCAUCGCAGGCUGGAGGCUCUGCAGGAGGAACAGAGACAGCUACAGGGCAGGAGGAAGAGCAAGCAGGCUCUACUAGAUAAUCUGGAACGCGCUCAUGUCACCACCAUCCUGCUGGCACCAACACAAGGACCGGACUGCCCAGCUGGAGACUCAAAUUGAGAAGCAGAAACAGGUGGUCAAACCCACCAUCUUCUCCACCGGCAUCCCUAUGGGUCAGACAGUGUCCUGUAUAGAGGAGGUUCUGUACUGCUACCAGCCCAUCAAUAGCCACACUUACAGAACCCCCGUGCCUGAGCUAAAGCUGCUGGGACGUCUUGGGUAAGAACACACUUAUUGGGUAUCUGAACCACGUGCGCAUUGCCCAGCCCCAGGACAUGGCCCCAGGACCUGUGUGUCAUCGAGCCAUCCAGGAUGCCGUU